UUUUUCUCUCUCCGCUCGUUCGCUCAUCACCACACACCGCUCACUCGAAAAUCCAACGCGGCGCAUUUCGGAUAAUACAUUGGAGAAGUGCGUCCCCACCGACACCGUUUCGUCUACCGAAACAUACAUCGCGCGCGUACACACACACACACACACACACACACACGCGCGCGCGACUACUACCGCAGAUAGCAGUGAAGAGUCAUUAACAAAUUGUAAAAAUGCACAAUUUAGCUCAUAAUGUUCCAGUGUUGAACUCGCCAUCAUCGUUUGUGUAUAAUCAAUUCGGAACUUAUGGAACAACUUAUAAUCAAGUUUGUCAGUCUUCUUUGAUAGCGACAGUCCAACCUCCACCGUCCGUGUCCACUUAUAUUAACUCGAUGGUAACCGCUCAAACAAUUACAACACCAGUCGUUUCCUCGAUGAACACUCAAAUUGUGGAUAGUCGCAAUGUUCUGUCUAAUAUACCGUCGCCGACCAUACCCAUGUUUUCGAUUAACAGUCGUCCAAACACAUCAACCAGGGAACAACAUUCGAAUACUAGAACAACAAAUCCAAUCUUGUUUAAUAACUCAUCUAUGCAGCAACAGUCAUUUUCCACGCAUCAUGCUAUCUUAGCAGAAUCGCUCCAAUUAUCAAUACCAGCGCAUCAAAACAGAAUCAUUUCAUCAAACCGAGAUCCAACCACGUUUAAUAAUGUUUCAACACUACAUCGUAUAGUCCCUUACCAAGCGGUGUUUAAUCAAUUUUCAACUGGAAUGCCAAACACUUCUCGACACAAUAUCACUUUUGGACCUGAAGGCAGUAACUUGUUUAUAUACCAUUUACCACAAGAGUUUAGUGACAACGAACUAACUCAUAUGUUUAUGCCAUUCGGUCAAGUGCUCAGCUCAAAAGUAUACAUAGAUAGGGAAACAAAUCAAAGCAAAUGUUUCGGUUUUGUAUCAUUCGAUACCAACAAGUGCACAAACUGCCAUUCAAGUAAUGAAUGGUUUUCAGAUCUGUCAGAAGAGAUUAAAAGUACAAUUAAAACGCCCAAAAGAAAAAAAUAA